GAAAACAUCUACAGAUUAUUCGCAGGUUCAGCUACAGUCACUAUCAUGGACCUAGACGAGCCCUUCGAUCCGACGAAUCUUGCAAUGAUCAAUUAGGGACUACUGAACACCAUUUCCAAAAUGAGCGACACCAAUGAAUCUGGCGAAGGAUCAUCGCGCGCUCCCCUUGAUCCUGAUUUCGCGCCCUCCAUGGACCAGGACGAAUUGACAUCGCCCAGCCCUAUCCACCCACCUAUUUACCGGCCCGAGUACAUGACCGUAGGAACUGGAUCACAGCCAUCUCAUGCUGCAGCUCUUAUGCAACAGCUAGAACAAGAUUCUGGCUAUGGCAGCAUGGCAAGUGACGUGCAACAGUCUGGUGGCGAGAUGCGUGCGUGGGAGGAUGAACUGCUGAGAGACAGACCGACACCUGCCCAUACUCCCCAGAUCCAUGGACAACCCGCGAAGAUGUCGGAAACAGAGAAACGAUCGCUCGCCAGCCAUGUGCAUCAACUCUAUUACAAUCAAAAUCGCGUCGCCCUUGCGAAAGCAAUCUCCCAGACCGUCGAACUGCUGAAGCAAUUACAAGAGAUGAACGCUCAAUGGCCUGCGCACUACCCUUCUGUUCAGAAAGAUGAGAAAGACAGCCAGUCAGUCAGACCAGUCCUGCGAGAAGUCCAGUCAACAAGGCAAGCGGCGGAUCUGUCACGGCAGAUGUUUCUCAAAAAGGCAGCACAAGAUCGGCCCGGAGCGUUGAGAAGAGCUGGGACUUCAGUGGGAGAAGAUGCGACGGGAGAGUCAAGUUCGCAAGUACAACAUAGACCGACACCGGAACCACGGCUCAUCACACCACAAAUCGCGCAAGAGUUUUCCAUCCUCAAACUUGACCUCAAAGUCGGCGCGCUAUCUCAAACGGAACUUGUUCAUUCUCUGGAAAAGAAGUCAAUCGCGUCAUUACUGGACGGUAAGAUAAGUCAGAGCGUUCGGCAUUUACUGGCACUCCGGGACCGGAUAGAAGAUACGUCAAGCAAAGUCUUGGUUACCGGAGAUCUAAAUGCGGGAAAGUCGACCUUCUGUAACGCCCUCCUGCGCCGCAAGAUUCUGCCUGAGGAUCAGCAACCAUGUACCAGUAUCUUCUGUGAAGUGCUGGAUGCUAAAGAAAAUGGUGGCAUCGAAGAGGUCCAUGCUGUCCACAAGGACUCCGUCUACGAUCGGAAUGAUGAAAGCACCUAUGACUCUUAUUCCCUGAAAGACCUGGAGAAGAUAGUCAUUGACAACGACCGAUAUAUGCAGUGCAAGGUCUACGUCAAAGAUAUCCGAACGAUCGACCAGUCGUUACUGAAUAAUGGCGUCGUCGACAUCGCGCUGAUUGAUGCUCCCGGUUUGAAUUCGGACUCAGUGAAGACCACGGCUGUAUUCGCCCGACAAGAAGAGAUUGACGUCGUUGUCUUUGUGGUCUCAGCAGCAAAUCACUUUACCCUGUCUGCCAAGGAGUUCAUUUGGCAAGCCGCUCAUGAGAAAGCCUACAUCUUCAUGGUGGUCAAUGGGUUUGACAAUAUCCGUGAUAAAGAACGAUGUCAGAAGAUGAUUCUGGACCAAUUGGCCAAAUUGAGCCCACAGACCUUCAAGGAAGCCCAGGAACUGGUCCAUUUCGUGUCGAGCAAUGCUAUUCCUAUGGUGCCCUCCCUAAUCACUAACGGAGUUGGCGGUGGUGGCAGUGGAGGUGGAGGUGGAUCGGAUCCCCCCGGGGACGACGAUGAUGGCGGUUCCGACAAAGGCAAGGGGAAAGACAAGGAAAAGAUUCGAGAUUUUGAAGUUCUUGAGAGUGCGCUCCGACGGUUUGUCUUGGAGAAGAGAGCACGCUCGAAACUUGCGCCCGCGAAGACCUAUCUCAUGAACUGCUUGGGCGACAUGAAUGUCCUCGCCACGGUGAACCGCGACGUUGCACAAUCGGAGCUUGACCGAGUAUCCAAAGAACUUUCGGAUCUCGAACCGGAAUUCGAAGAGAAGCAGAAACAGCGUGGAGCCGUUUCGGAACAAGUCGAAAAAGGAAUUGACUCGACCUCCACUGAGGUGUACAACCACACUCGAUCAACUCUAUCCAGCACUAUUGCAAACGUCGGCAAUCAAAACCACGGCAUCGAAUACCCUGGGGUAUUCUCGGCAUUCCAAUACGCGGAAGACUUGCGCAUUGCCAUGCUUGAUCAAAUUUCCGCGGCCGUCGCCAGCUGCGAGAACUACGGCCGAGCGAGGACUGUGCAGGGCGUCAACACGAUCAAAUCACUUGGCCUAUUGCAUGUGGGCGAUAGCUAUGAGAACCUCAACUUCGCUGCAGACAAGAUGUUCCAGCGCCGAAAGGAUGCGCUGGUGCGAUCUGUAGAUACAGACGUCGAGAUCUGGGAUUUCUUCGACGUUGCUGGGUUGUGGGAGCGACAGGAGAAGACCGUUGGCACAGGACUUGCGCUCACUGUUGCUGGGACGUUAGGCACCAGGGCAAUUGGCGGUGUCGGUUGGGUUGAUGGAGCGUUCGGCGCGGCCAAAAUACUAGGGAGCCGGAAUCUGAGGAGGUUGAUUCUACCAGGCGCUAUUGCUGCUGCAAUCUUGGCAGUGGCCUACGUUCUGUCUACCAUCCCGCAAAGCCUGCCUCCGCGUCUCGCACAAAAACUCUCAGCAACCCUCGCCCAGAUGGACUACACGCACAGCAACGCCCACCGAAUCGCCUCCGAGGUCCGUCGCGUGCUCCGCUACCCGGCCCAACAAUUAACGGCAGACCUCGCCCAGAACGUGGAAGAGCUAAGACAGAGGAAAGAAGAGGUGACGAAAACGAAGAAAGAGAGCGAGGUUGCGCGGAAAUACUUUGGAAAUCUCGUACGAGAGAGCGAGGAGACGAGGAGGCGAGUGACGGGCAUUGAUCUCGAAGGAGGUCCCCCUGGUGCUGUGGGUGGUUAUGUCCUGUAACCAAGUGUGCUCACUCUGUGCUUGCAGCUCUGAGAGAGAGGUAUAGUAAGCAGAUGGAGACGCGACGAAGAAGAGAGACGUGCUCCAAUACUAUGGUGGUGGGCUACGACUGUGACGGGCAUGUAUAUGAGCGACGCUGGACUUUCUCCACUUGGUCUCCCCUUGACUGUUGUCUACUUGUACAAAUCCAGCUUCAAACCUUCACGCGGUAGAAUUAGCGAUAAUAUGAGGCCUUUCUUCACCCUG